UUUCUUUUUGCGAAUACAGACUAACACGUCUGUUACUCUUGAUUGGGAAAGACUGAUUGGACAGCAGUUUUAUUGCUUUGUUUGAGAUAAACUGGCAGCAAUUGCAGAAGAUGGAUUAUCUUGCUCCUGCCAAAAAACCUUUACUGCCCAUAGUUUAUUGCUCCAGAACACAUUCAGGAUCUGGUCCAUACAGAAUCCAGGCUGACGAGCAGGUGGUGGUGGAGCCGGCCUCACUCACCAGCAGUGCCCACGUGACAAAACACCCCCCUCCUAAUCUCUUCAGUGAACUCGCCUACGGCCAAACGCCUGUAGUUCUCGAGGGCCCUCCCCAUCCUGGGGCCUACGGCGUUGGGACCAGCAUAGGACUACAAGGUCCAGCAUGCCGUGCGGGGGCGAGGCCGUACCAUAUGCAGGGAGGAGGUCUCCGUUUUCUCCAGGUAAAAGCAUCGAGGUGCCGGAAAGCCGUGGUCGCCAGGAUGGCCAGAAGGGCCUUGAAACUUGUCUCUCUGGCAGCAGCCAGCUCUGGUUUCUACCUGUACAGCAGCAAGUACCUGGAUCCCAAUGAUUUUGGAGCUGUUCGGGUGGGCAGAGCCAUUGCCACAACAGCUGUUAUCACCUAUGACUACCUCACUUCUCUUCGGAGUGUCCCAUAUGAAUCACAGGAGUAUGCCUACCUCAAAUCACAGCCUUUUAUGAAGGGCCAUAUCAAAAUCACUUUGAAAAUCCAAGUCAGUUCACUUUACCCUGCAUUGGGGCCAAUCCAUGUGUGUCUGAUGCGGGCACUAUGGGGCACACGGAAAACUCAUCCUGCUGAAUCUGAGGGAGGGAGAGAAAAAGAGAGACUCAGAGAUGAGAGUGCAGAGAGAGAAGAACACACACACACGCGGGGAGACAUUUGUGCUGAAGCACUGUCCAAAUGCGGUUUAAUCUUGGUACAUCUGCGCUCUGCGGAACGCCUCCGGGACCUGUGCUGUGCCAACAGAGGCACCUUCAUCAAAGUGGGACAGCAUCUGGGGGCACUCGACUACCUUCUGCCUGAGGAAUACACUCGCACCCUCAAGAUACUACACAGCCAGGCCCCACAGAGCAGCAUGCAGGAAAUUGAACAAGUGAUCCGUGAGGACCUGGGCAAAGAGAUCAAAGAGCUCUUUGUGAGUUUUGAGGACACUCCCCUGGGAGCAGCAUCCCUGGCCCAGGUCCACAAGGCGGUGCUGCAGGAUGGGAGGACAGUGGCAGUGAAAGUCCAGCACCCGAAAGUUCAGGCUCAAAGCGCCAAGGACAUUUUGUUGAUGGAGAUUCUCCUGCUGACCGUGAAGCAGAUCUUCCCAGACUUUGAGUUCAUGUGGCUGGUGGAUGAAGCUAAGAAGAAUUUGCCCCUGGAGUUGGAUUUCCUCAAUGAGGGGAGGAAUGCUGAAAAGGUGGCCCACAUGCUCAAGGACUUUGAUUUCCUGAAGGUCCCUAGGAUCUACUGGGAGCUGUCUACCAGGCGCGUCCUUCUCAUGGAGUUUGUGGAAGGUGGGCAGGUGAAUGACAGGGCCUAUAUGGAGAGGAACAGCAUCGACGUCAAUGAGAUCUCUCGCAAUCUGGGGAAGCUGUACAGUGAAAUGAUCUUUGUGAACGGAUUCAUACACUGUGACCCGCACCCGGGCAAUGUGCUUGUGAGGAAGUGCCCAGCAACCGGCAAGGCCCACAUUAUACUGCUGGACCAUGGGCUCUACCAGGUCCUGACAGAGAAGUUCCGCUUGGACUAUUGCCGGCUCUGGCAGUCCCUGAUCAAGACUGAUAUGAAGAGGGUGCAGAAGUACAGCCGACGGCUAGGGGCAGGUGACCUGUAUCCACUCUUCGCAUGCAUGCUCACCGCCAGGUCCUGGGACUCUGUCAACAGGGGCAUUGACCGGUCUCCAGUUACAGCCAAUGAGGAUGUGGAGAUCCGGACCAAUGCUGCCGCUUACCUACCUCAGAUCAACCAGCUCCUCAACAAUGUGCCCCGCCAGAUGCUGCUGCUGCUAAAGACCAAUGAUUUGCUAAGGGGGAUUGAGUCAGCCCUACACACACGGGCCAGUGCCAGCUCCUUCCUCAAUAUGUCUCGCUGCUGCAUUAGAGCCGUCUCCACGUAUCAGAGGAGCAAGUCUCACUCCCUGUACAGAAAGGCCAAGAUCUCUCUCUUAGAAGCUCUGAGCCUGUGGCAGAUCAACUUAUAUGAACUCUUCCUGCGGCUGAAGGGGUCCCGGCUGGGUAACUGGGUCAUUGCUUUCCUGAGCCGGAUGCACCAUUCUCCGUACUGACAGGAACUGGUGGGAGAAGCCUGGGCAAUUAUUGCUCGCCUCCAUUCUCCGCAGCACACUUGCCUUCCUGACCAUUCCUGUCCGUACUCCACAAAGGCUAUUGAGACUCUUUUCUUGUAACGCAUGGUGCUGGCCGUGGCUGUCAGAGCAUAAGCUUCUCUAUAGCAGAGAGGGAUGGGAGAGCAGGGGCUCUGGGAGUCAGGACUCCUGGGUUCUAUUCUAGCAAUGAGAGAGGUGGGAGUAUGAUAUAGUGGGCAGGGCAGGGGGCCUGGGAGUCUCUCUGUUCCCAGCUCUGGGAAGUACCAUUAUGGAAACAUCCUGUAGACUUGAAUAGGAAAGGAGAACUUUUUCUAGCCCCUUCCCCUUUUAAACCAUCCUAUAGCAUUUAAGAGAAAUGCAUCCCUGCCCUAGAAUUCUCCAAGAUAGUUCAAACCCCCUAGAGAGGAAAUAAUUCCUUAUGGAAUCCAAUAGCGUUUUCAGUAGUUUGUACCGAAUCCUAUUGGUUUAAUGCCUGUGAAAUCUACAGGAAUUUUAUCUAAGGGGAGAAUGAUCUAGUGGUUAGAGCAGGGGACUGUGAGCCAGGACUCCUAGGUACUAUUCCCAACUCUGAGAGGGAAUGGGAACUAAUGGUGAGAGCAAGGGUCUGGAAGCCAGGAUUUUUCUGGAUUCUAUUCCCAGCUCUGCUAUGGAGUCACUGUGUCAUUUUGGGCAAGUGCUUUCCUUGCCUCAGUUUCCCCACAUGUAACAUGGGGGUAAUGCUACAAACUCUCCUCUGAACUCCUCAGGGAGCAGGUGCCAUGGAAUCUCAUCUGAGAACUCACAUCUUGUGGCUGGUGAUGUAUGUGCAUUGUACUGUACUGUCGCACAGGAAAAUAAAUAGGGUGUCAUGUUA